UUGAAAAAAGAGAGACUCAAAGACCAACUAAACAAUCCAGAAGAGGUUGAAUGCACAAAAAUAGCUCUCUUAAACUUUAUCAGUGUAUUUGAGUAUGCCUCACAGCAUACAGACGAGGCCAGAAAGACCGCACAACAGGUUUUAGAAAAAGACCCAUGUAACAUAAAUGCUGUUGAAAAUUUGGCACACAUCAACAGAAAGUUGGGCUUGGAAAGUGAGGCCGAACGACAGGCUCGAUGUCAAAAUGUACCAACUGCUAAGCACAAUGUAAAGGCAUGCGAAGCACGCUCCAUGGCAGAGCAGGCAUUUGCCCUAACCUACGAUUGUUUUGACAAAGAUCAAGAUGAUGAAGGUACAGAGCAAACUGAAAAAUUCCUCAAUGCUGAAAAUCUUUAUCAAAGGGCCAUCAAAACUGGGAACGGAAUUAUUGAGCAAAGGGAAAAAAUGACAUGGUCAUUUUUCAAAGCAUUCAACAAUAAGAUGAUACUUUCACGAUACAUUUACCUGUCUGUUCACAGGUAUAGUGAGGAAGUGAAAGAUAAGAUAAUAACAAAUCUGGAUAAAAGUAUCGCUGGUUUUACUGAUGUUCUCCACCAAGAGCCCACUCCACUGUACAAAGCACAGGCACUUGUUUACGUGAACUGUGUGAUGUCCAGAACGGAGUAUUCAGUAGAACACAUGCGUAUACCAGGUCUGCAGAGGGAUAUAGCAAGGUUCAAAGAACAGGUUAGCGCCUUGCUACAGGAAGAGGGGUCAGUCAAGCAUGCCAUAGAGUUAGCGAAAGACAAUCACCGUGUCCUUAAUACAAUGGCCCGUGCGUUGAAAGGUACAGAUUUUGAAGAAGCAGAAGAUACGAUAAGAAUGUCCUUGGAAGCAGAGAGUAAUCCUAACAUCAACUGGUAUGGGUACCUUUUAAAUGGAGAGCUUGCCCUGGAGAGGUACAAACGUACAUGUACCACAAUCCAGAGCAAGAGAGAUCCCGAUAAUGUUGAAGUUCUGAAACGUUCUAUUUCAGAUCUAACAACAUGUGUGGAAGGAAUGAAAUCAUCCAGAAAUUAUUCUCUGUUAGGAGAAGCUUUUAUGAAGUUAGCAUUAUCAGAAUCUUGCACAUCUCUACACACAGAUGAUGGCAGAGAAACCGAGGUUUAUAAGCACCUGGUACAGGCACUAAUCUACUUCAAUGAAGCUCUAACAAAGGACCGUGGAGCGAGAGAUCCCAAAGUCCAUGGUUUCCGCAGUGAGUGCUUAGAGCGUCUCAAAGAAGACAAAAUGGCAAUAGAAAGUUGGAAAAGGGCUGUUGAAUUGGAUCGACUAUCAACUACAUACUGGGGAAACAUCAAGUCACUGCUGCUCAUGCUUCUGAAUCAGUGUAGAAAAAUGUCAGAUUCAGAAGACUUUCAGCCAGUUGUGGCAGAGACGGCCACCUAUCUGAAGCUUGCACUGUGCAAGCAUGAAACAGUCUAUGACAAAUUCAUGCCUGCACUCAUUGAGCAGUUUCCCGAACAAUUUCUGCACGCAGCCAACUAUUUCACGAUCACAAAUGACCUCACCAUGGCAAUGAGACUUUGGGACUGUGUAGACCAAACAAUCGGCCAAAGGCCUCUUUCUCAAGAGAUUGAAGAGAGAAGACGUCGAGUAAAGAAAGAUAUAGAGGACAGUCAAGAAGCCCUUGCUAACAUUGAUGUUCAGGAACCAAGAAGCAGCGAUCAUGAGCAGACAGCUGACAGCAACCCAAGAGAGGAGGGCGCCACAGGAUGUGAGGAGCUAGAAGAACGUUUUCCAGCCACUGACGAGCAAAAAGCAUUCAUGCCUCUACCAGUAGUGAAAGCCCGGAACACCAGAGGUUUCCACUACGACUUUUUCGUCAUCCACAGUGCCAAAGAUGAAGAGUGGGUAAACUACACCCUUCUGGCAAACCUAGAGGGCGAGCAUCGCCUCAAAGGCUGCAUUGCUGACAGAGACUUUGAGCUUGGCAAAUAUGUUGUAGACAACAUCACAGCAGCCAUCGAGGAAAGUGCAAAGGUCCUCGUCAUCCUAACACCAGACAUGGUGCAAAGCAAAUGGUGCAAGCAUGAAAUGAAGAACGCACUUCACGCGAAGGUGGAAGAGGGAUCAGAGACCGUAAUCCCUGUGCUCCUGAAGGAUUGUGAGGUUCCUGAUGAGAUAAAGAACAUUACAUACUUGGAUGCACGGAGGCAUUUUGACUGGGACCACCUCUUGCGAGAUAUUAAAAAAUGAAAACAUUGAGUACAGGACGCUAUGCUUGUAUAAUGGGCCUAUAAUAACUGUCAAAUUUCUGUAAUUAUAUUGUAUAUAGUGUGUGCUGAAUAUUGUAUAUGUGUAUAUUGUAUAAAUGUAUAGUUUAUAGUGUAUAUGUGUAUUCAUCAAGGUAUACAUGAUAUUAUGUAUACUUGCGGAGGCACUUGCAUAUGUA